AUGAAUUUUAAUGAAUCUCAUGUUGAAUUGGUAAAUUCCAUAACAGAUCAUUUCAAAGUGAUCGAAAACAUUGGAGAUGGAACAUACGGAAGUGUCCAGAAAUGUAAAGACGAACGCACAAACGAAAUCGUCGCGUUGAAAAAAAUUAAAAUCAUAAAUCAAAAUGAUGGGUUCCCGCAAAAUACAAUUCGCGAAGUCAAAUUACUUAAGCAGCUACGUCAUGACAAUAUUGUUCUCUUAAAAUCGGUUGUUCACUCAAAAAGUGAUCAAUCAAUUUACCUUGUAUUUGAAUACUGCUAUUAUGACCUUGACGCUUUGAUACAUAUGCAAGAUAUACCAGAAGCUACCAUUAAAACUAUAAUGCGCCAACUAAUAACCGUUCUCUGCUAUUUAGCAGUCAAAAACGUUGUUCAUAGAGACCUCAAGCCUGCAAAUAUGUUUAUAACCAAAAACAAUAUACUUAAACUCGGUGAUUUUGGCCUUGCAAGAGAAUUAACAAAUAAAGGGCGUUAUUCCGAUAGUGUUAUUACUCUUUGGUACCGUCCGCCUGAACUCUUCCUUGGGUGUCACGAGUACGGUCCAGAAGUCGAUAUUUGGAGCGCUGCAUGCAUUUUAUACGAAAUGAUCGCAAAACAGCCAUUAUUCGCCGCACGUGAAAACAUAUCGCAAAUACAUGAGAUAUUCAAGAUUUGUGGAACGCCGGAUGACGACGAUUGGCCAGAAUGGAAACAAUACGAUUCUAACAAAGCUAUGCUGUUUACUUCAGCAGCAAAGCUUCCAAACAGAUUAAAAGAACAUCUCAAGAAACAUUUACCACCAGAACAACACGAUAUUAUCGAUUUACUUCUCAAAAUGCUUCGAAUGAAUCCAAAGAAGCGAAUUAGUGCAGAAACUGCAAUGAAUCACCCUUACUUCAAGAAGGCUGGGUUCGAGGUUGAUCCAAGAACUCUUCCGGAGUUAACUUUGCCUGAGAUGCAUCAACUCAAAAUUAAAGAAGCCAAGGAGCAGAAAAGGCAUCAUCAGUCACCUCAAAAACCUCAUUUCGAACCAUUACAAUACUAA